AUGGUAUCCUCAGAUAAUGCUAUCAUUUUAAAGCCAACAGGCGAUCCCAUGCCACUCAUUGGUUUCGGUACAUGGCAAAUACCUAAAGAUAUAGCUGCUGAUACUGUUUAUCAUGCUUUAAAAAAUGGUUAUCAAUUAUUAGAUGGAUCGCCUGACUAUGGUAAUGAAAAAGAAGUGGGUGAAGGAAUUAAGAAAGCAAUUGAUGAUGGGUUUGUAAAACAACAUGUUAGACCAGCUCUUGAGAGAACACUUAGUGAUCUUAAUGUGAAAUAUUUAGAUCUCUAUUUGAUUCAUUUCCCUAUAUCAUUGAAAUAUGUUGAUCCAAAAGAACGUUAUCCUCCUGAAUGGUAUUAUGACACUAAGAAUAAGGUUUGUAUUCAAGAAGAUGUCACUAUUAGAGAAACAUGGGAAGCUAUGGAAGAAUUGGUUGACGCUGGAUUAGUUAGGAAUAUUGGAGUUUCUAAUUUUAAUGCAGUGCUAAUAAUGGAUUUGUUGAAAUAUGCACGUAUCAAACCAUCAGUGCUACAAAUAGAACACAAUCCAUACUUGACGCAAGAACAAUUGGUAGAUUAUGCAAAAUCUCUAGGUUUGGCAGUGACUGCCUACUCAUCUCUAGGUUCAAGUAAUUAUGCAGUGACAAGUGACGUGGGUAUUCCUCACAUUUUAAAAGCACCUAAAUUGGAACAGGUUGCAAAUAAAUAUAGUAAAUCUACUGCUCAGGUGGCACUUCGUUGGGCAAUUCAACGUAACAUUGCAGUUAUACCAAAAUCAAACAAUCAAAAUAGAAUUGUUGAAAAUUCUAAAAUUUUAGAUUUUACUUUGACUGAUGAAGAAAUUAAAGAAAUCUCUUCGUUAAAUAGAAAUAUAAGAUCUAUUGAUCCUGGUGUAUUUUUUGGGAUUCCUAUUUUUGCUUGA